UCUUCUUCGAGCCAAAGUUUUCCCUUUUGAACUCGCCCCUCCCUCUCUCUCGUCGGUUGCAGAACAAGCUUCCCGCUCAGUUCUUCGAGUUCGCCAAAUGAUUGAUAGCAAGUUGACCAAUGGUGGGAUGGGUAGCGGUGAGACUCAUUUAUCUAUGUAUCAGAACAAGCAAUCACCAAUUGCACUGAAAAAGGUUGCUUUAAGGGAUGUGAACGAUAAUAGAAAUGUCAUGUAUAACUACCCGGAAGGUUCUUGUUCUUUGGGCGGAAAACUUGUUAAUGGAAGUAAGCUCUCAGGGACCAAGAGAUCCAACCCCCCUACAUGCUCACCUGGCUCUGUAACCCAUCAAUCCUUCAAGGGGGUUGGUGUAAAUGAGCACAUAUUUUAUGCAAGCGGAGAAGUUGACACCAAACCCAGAAAAAAAAGAGCAUUGGGAUGUGGCACAUCUUGUGCACCUGCAUUUUCUUCUCUUCUUGCAGCCUCCCCAAUGACAUUUUCACCGGUUAGGACUUCACUUCCCAUUUUCACCGAAAAGCUCGGUAAUUUUCUGACAGUUUCUGGAUCCAAUCUUUUGAGUAUCCCUCCUAGUUCGGAGGUUCUUCACUCUGUUGCUUCAAAUGGGAUUACUGAUGAGCGGAGAACAGAACGUUUAUUCAAUUUGCAGAAGCUCCUCAAACAUUGUGACGAGUCGGAUCAAAAAGGUUACAUUGAGUUUCUACAUGGUUUACCUCCAUCUGAGCUCAGCAAACUUGCCAUUAAUCUUGAGAAGAGAUCAAUGAAUCUGUCAGUAGAAGAAGGGAAAGAGAUCCAAAGGAUGAAGGCUUUGAAUAUUCUGGGCAACAUUCAGUGACAUCUGAGACAAGUUUUGUUAGAUUAGUGAAUAACGACCUUCAGUGGCAUCUCGAUAAAGCACGACGAGAGUGCCAUUGGCUGUUUCUGUGACAAUUGCACAGAGGACGAAUUAAUUGAUUUGCUUUUGAUGAAACCAGCAUCCUUGAGAGCUGUUACAGUAGUCUUUCCAUGGAGCUUUCGGUAUGGAGUUUGAUUUUCGAAGAAGUCCUGCAGGAUCGUUUGGAUCCUAAGAAUCCAAUUAACUAUAAACAAUUUGGAUGGGGUUUGAAAGAGUUUUGGAUUAGGAGAAGGAAAUGGUUUAGUGAUAGAAGUAUAUCUUGAGUUUAUUACACAUAAAUCUAACAUCCAAAUCAGUCCAAUUACUGUUUAAAUGUUGUCUUAAUCAUUAUUUUUCUUUGGAAGUAACACACGUUAGUUUAAUACUCAGUUACUCUGUUUUUAUUGUCA